AUGACUGAGUACUGGGUAAGUCAGGGAAACAAAUGGUGUGAUGUCUGCAAAAUUUUCAUAUCAAAUAACCCUUCCAGCAUAAGAAAUCAUGAGCUUGGACAGCGCCAUAAGGACAAUGUUACUAAGCGGCUCGCCACUAUGAGAAAAGAUAAUGUUGCUAAAGAGAAAGAAUACAAAGAAACUGCUAAUGCCCUUGAGAAAAUCGAAGCUAGAGCACAGCUUAGCUAUCAAAAGGAUAAAGCAAAGUUUGAGGAAGCUAGAGAAUCACAUGAAUUGGAUGCUCAAGGUGAAUGGGAGUUUGACAGUGCUUCUGGCUAUUACUACCAUAAAACAAAUGGAUUUUGCUAUGAUCAAAAGUCAGGAUUUUACUAUUCUGAUGCCAUCGGUAAGUGGGUGACCCAUGAUGAAGCAUAUGCCUCACCUCACUUUGCAUUAAAUUCCGGGCGGAAUAUACCAUCUGGGAAAAAGGGAUCAACCCCUUCACAAUCCAAAUCAAUUGAAACCAAACCAAUCAAACAUCUUGAUGGACUGUUACCUGGGCCUGUUCUUAGAGUGAAUCCCAUGAGAAAUGCAAAAGCCGCCCCGUCAUCUCUUGCUGUCGGUAAGAGAAAGAGACCCAAUGAAAAAUCCAAGGUUGUCUCCCAAGAAGAAAAAGAAGCUCUCAAGGCAAGAGAAGCUGCAAGGAAAAGAGUUGAACAGAGGGAAAAACCAUUGCUUGGGCUUUAUAACAAGCCUUACUAA